CAGUGGCUGGGAGUGAUGGCGGGGGGUGGGGUGUCCAUCCCUCAGGAUGGCAGAGAGACCCCCCACCCCCACCCCAGCUGCCCCUGCCCCUCUGCUCAGAUGCUGCAUGUGGACACUGCCGUGCUUCUCUCCUGGCUGUUGCCUCCCUCUGCUCCUCAUCCCUGGCUGCCUGUCCUGUCCUGGCUGUGCCUGGCACAGGCCGUGCUGGCUGUCUCCUUUCCUGUCCCCUUGCCAUCCCUGUGCUGCUGUGUCUGUCCCCUCUGCGCCUGCGCAUCAGCUGUGGUGCUGCACACCCCGAAGCUGAGACGCAAGGUGGAGGGAGCUCGCGGGGGCAAUGCAGGAGGGAGGUGCUGCCCCAGAGAGCCGGGGCAGGCUGCCCUCCUGCCACAGGCAGCUGCCUCUCCCUGCCUGCUCUCUCUCUUCCAGGGGACAAAUGGAUCCCAGCUCUGGGAUACUGCCUUUGCCGUUCAAGCCUUUCUGGAGAUGCCGGAGAACCCAGCCGACUACCAGAAAUAUUAUUGCCAUAUGAACAAGGGUGGCUUCCCCUUCAGCACCCGGGACUGCGGCUGGAUCGUGGCUGACUGCACGGCAGAGGGGCUGAAGUCGGUGAUGCUGCUGCAGGAGAAGUGCCCCUUCCUAACCAAGCCCGUCCCCUCUGAGCGCCUCUUUGACGCCAUGAAUGUGUUGCUGAGCAUGAGAAACUCCAAUGGAGGCUUUGGCACCUAUGAAACCAAGCGAGGAGGUCGCUUACUGGAGCUGCUGAACCCCUCGGAGGUGUUUGGUGACAUCAUGAUCGACUACACCUACGUGGAGUGCACGUCGGCCGUCAUGCAGGCGCUCAGACACUUCCACGAGGUCUUCCCUGAGCACAGGGCCCCAGAGAUGAGAGAGACUCUGCAGAAGGGCCUGGACUUCUGUCGGAGGACGCAGCGAGCCGACGGGUCGUGGGAAGGGAGCUGGGGGGUUUGUUUCACCUACGGCACCUGGUUUGGCCUGGAGGCAUUUGCCUGUAUGCAGCACACAUACCGCGAUGGGGCUGCGUGCAGAGAAGUGGCCCGGGCCUGCCAGUUCCUGCUCUCCAAGCAGAUGGCAGAUGGUGGCUGGGGAGAAGACUUUGAGUCGUGCGAGCAGCACGUGUACGUGCAGAGUGCCGCGUCGCAGAUCCACAAUACGUGCUGGGCCCUGCUGGGACUCAUGGCUGUCAGGUACCCUGAUAUUAGUGUGCUGGAAAGGGGCAUCAAAGUGUUGCUCGAUAAACAGCUGCCCAACGGGGACUGGCCUCAGGAGAACAUUGCUGGAGUGUUCAACAAGUUGUGCGCCAUCAGCUACACCUCCUACUGCAACGUCUUCCCCAUCUGGACACUGGGGCGUUUCUCCCGGCUGCAUCCCAACAGCCCUCUCGCUGGGCAGCUGCAGCCCAGACCCUCCUCUGGGGCAGGGAAAGCCCCAGAGGAGGCCUGGUCUGCCUGAGCCUGGGCCAUUGCAGAGACUGUGGCCUCCAAAUCGUCUCUGCUAUCGCCUGCCACGUGGGGGCACAGGACUAUUUCAAGCAAGAUCUCAACGCUGGUCUUACCACAGCCCUGGACCAGUGCAUCUCC